AUGAUCUACUCAAGGGCCCUGUUACCCGGCAUCGCCCUCGCAGCAGCUGCUGGUACAGCCUCUGCACAAGGUUCCGGCUGCACAGAGGAGAAUGGCAAUUGGUACUGCAGUCAAGUCGAUGCCAUUUCGUACUCCAACUUUGGUACUGCAGGUCAGUACCAACAAGUCACGUACAUGGGAAGUGGAGGACAAUGUGAUUUCCAACCCGCCAGCUACGGAGGUGGCAUGGCUCCAUUCGAUGAAGAGGUAUCAUGGCAUUUCCGUGGGCCAAUUCAGCUGAAGCAAUUCGCAUUUUACAGCCUUGGGUCAGAUUCGUCGUCAUCGAAAACAAAACGGCAUCAGCACCCGCCCCGAUCUCAGCACUUUGGACGGUACGCCCAUCGCCAUUUUCACCCCCACAAGCAGGUUAUCCCCGCCGACGUAGCCGAGAAGGCAAAGCGUGACGAUGGGAGUAAUUGGACAUCAUGGAUGAAGCUCUGGACGGGAGGUUCUUCGUCAACAGGCUCAGAUACUGAACCUGUGGGUGGAAAUGAUGCGACACCGUCUGGGUCUGGUGAUGGAUCUGGUCCAAGUUCAAACGAUGGAUAUUCCUCUCGCACAUGGACAGAGACAGAGACCGUUAUCGAUACAGUCUGGGUGACGGCAACAAUCGAUGGGCAGGUUCAAUCCUGGCCCAAAACUUACCCUGGCUCUGGGGCGACGUCGGGCUUUGCAACAAGCGUGAUAUCCUCUGCGCCAUCGGACACGGCUGCUGCGACGUCGGGUCUGACAACGAGUGUGAUAUCCUCUGCAGCAUCAGACACGGGAGCUGCAUCUUCAGCAUUUACAACAAGCACGAUACCUUCGUCGUCACAGGCAACUUCCGUUCCUGCCACUUCGGUCACAUCAACGGCACCGUUUUCAACCUCAUCCUCGGAAGAUACAAGUGAUGGCGGUUACAGUUCGUCAAGCACACCACUGGUACCAACAACUCCAUCUUCCUCAGCAACCUCAUCUGCGGAAGCUACCAGUUCUACCACGCCCAACAAUUUACCAUCAACGUCUACGACAUCCUCAUCCUACCCCACGAGUCCGUCUUCCUCAGCAACCUCAUCUGAGGAAGUUACCACUUCUACUACCUCCGACAACUUAACAUCAACGUCUACGACGUCCUCAUCCUACCCCACGAUGCCAUCCUCCUCGCCCUCUACGUUGUCUUCAUCCAAUCCAACAGCACCCUCAACCUCCACCACGACUACCUCGGAAAUAUUCUCUACUUCUUCGACACCUUCUUUCCCUUCAUCGUCAUCUGCACCAAUUUCUAGCCUCUCGACUUCAGAGCCUUCUAUCCCCACGUCCUCAGACUCUACUACUUCAAGCGCGGCUACGUCAACCUCAAGUCCAUCCACCGGUGGCGGCGGUGGAAGCGGCAGCUGGAUUCGCCAAGCAUACUACGACGCCGAGUCCGGCACUGCAUCAGGUCUCGUCUUCCUCAACAACUUCGGCGGAACAGGCAGCGGGGUAUUCGACUACACAUGGGGAAACUCACUCUCGUACUCCAAUGCCGACGCCACCUCCGGGGCGUCUGGACCUACCACCCUCGCCGACACACUCGUGGGCGACAACCAAGAGUUCAUCCUCAUGACCGACAAUCCGUGCACGUCCGAAAACGAAGCAGGCUGCGACUACUACCGGCCUGGGUCCGUAGCGUACCACGGCUUCGGGGGCGCUUCGAAGUUGUUCCUCGCCGAAUUCCAGAUGCCUUUGUCCGGCAAGACAGGGUUCAACGCCGACAUGCCGGCGACGUGGAUGCUCAACGCGCAGAUCCCACGCACACAGCAGUACGGCAACUGCUCGUGCUGGACGUCGGGAUGUGGCGAGUUCGACAUUCUCGAGGUGCUGAACUCUGGAAACACAAAGUGCAAGUCGACCUGGCACGGAGCGCAUUCCCUAGGUGACAGCAACUGGUUUGCUCGACCCGUGGACAAGACGAUCAAGGUUGCGGUGAUUUUGGACGGGGCAACCAGCACAGGCACGGCGAGUAUUGUGAUUCUGGACGACGGGGUGAGUUUCGACGACAGUGUCGAUGCCGCGAGUGUGAGUGGGUGGGUGAGCUCCUUGACGUCUAGCGAGAGCAUUGAGACGGCUUUACCUUCGAAAUGA